CUCUGCGGCCGCCGCCGCCGCUGGUGGGGGAGACGCGGGGUUGGGGGGGGAGGAGGGCGCGCGUGGUGCCGGCGGGGAGCGGCGGCGCCCCCUCCUCCUCCUCCUCCUCCUCCACCUCCAGCGCCGCGGGCUCCUCGGACAUGGCCGCGGCGGUGGCGGUGGCGGCCGCGUCCCGGCGGCAGUCGUGCUACCUGUGUGACUUGCCCCGCAUGCCCUGGGCCAUGAUCUGGGACUUCACCGAGCCCGUGUGCCGCGGCUGCGUCAACUACGAGGGCGCCGACCGCGUCGAGUUCGUCAUCGAGACGGCGCGGCAGCUCAAGCGGGCGCACGGCUGCUUCCCGGAGGGCCGCUCCCCGCCGGGCGCCGCGGCCCCCGCCGCCGCCAAGCCGCCGCCGCUCUCGGCCAAGGACAUCCUCCUGCAGCAGCAGCAGUUGGGCCACGGCGGCCCCGAGGCGACCCCGCGCGCCCCGCAGGCCCUGGAGCGCUACCCCCUGGCGGCCGCCGCGGAGCGGCCCCCGCGCCUCGGCUCCGACUUUGGCGGUAGCCGCCCGGCUACAGGCCUGGCCCAGCCGCCGACGCCGCAGCCGCCGCCCGUAAACGGCAUCCUGGUGCCCAACGGCUUCUCCAAGCUGGAGGAGCCCCCGGAGCUGAACCGCCAGAGCCCGAACCCGCGGCGCGGGCACGCCGUGCCGCCCACGCUGGUGCCGCUCAUGAACGGCUCGGCCACGCCGCUGCCCGCCGCGCUCGGCCUCAGCGGCCGCGCCGCCGCCUCGCUGGCCGCCGUGUCCGGGGCCGCGGCCGCCGGCCUGGGCUCGGCGCAGCCCGCCGAACUGAGCUCGCACAAGCGGCCGGCGUCCGUGUCUAGCAGCGCGGCCGUGGAGCACGAGCAGCGCGAGGCGGCGGCCAAGGAGAAGCAGCCGCCGCCGCCCUCGCAUCGCGGCGCGCCCGACAGCUUGGCCGCCGCGGCCGGGGCCACCGAGCUGGGCGCCGAGGGCGCGAGCAAAGGCCGCGGGCCCGGAGAGCAGGACUGGGUCAACAGGCCCAAGACCGUGCGAGACACGCUGCUGGCGCUGCACCAGCACGGCCACUCGGGGCCCUUCGAGAGCAAGUUUAAGAAGGAGCCGGCCCUGACUGCAGGCAGGUUGUUGGGUUUCGAGGCCAACGGGGCCAACGGGUCUAAAGCAGUUGCAAGAACAGCAAGGAAAAGAAAGCCUUCUCCAGAACCAGAAGGUGAAGUCGGGCCCCCUAAGAUCAAUGGAGAGGCACAGCCAUGGCUGUCCACACCCACAGAAGGGCUCAAGAUCCCCAUUACUCCUACAUCCUCUUUUGUGUCUCCACCGCCACCCACUGCCUCACCUCAUUCCAACCGGACCACACCGCCUGAAGCGGCUCAGAACGGCCAGUCGCCCAUGGCAGCCCUGAUCUUAGUAGCAGACAAUGCAGGGGGCAGUCAUGCCUCGAAAGAUGCCAACCAGGUUCACUCCACUACCAGGAGGAAUAGCAGCAGUCCACCCUCUCCGUCCUCUAUGAACCAAAGAAGGCUAGGCCCCAGAGAGGUGGGGGGCCAGGGGGCAGGCAGCACAGGAGGACUGGAGCCAGUGCAUCCUGCCAGCCUCCCAGACUCUUCUCUGGCAGCCAGUGCCCCUCUGUGCUGCACCCUCUGCCACGAGCGGCUGGAGGACACCCACUUUGUGCAGUGCCCGUCUGUCCCUUCGCACAAGUUCUGCUUCCCUUGCUCCAGACAAAGCAUCAAACAGCAGGGAGCUAGUGGAGAGGUCUAUUGUCCCAGUGGGGAAAAAUGCCCUCUUGUGGGCUCCAAUGUCCCCUGGGCCUUUAUGCAAGGGGAAAUUGCAACCAUCCUUGCUGGAGAUGUGAAAGUGAAAAAAGAGAGAGACUCGUGACUUUCCGGUUUCAGAAAAACCCAAUGAAUUACCCUUAACUAAAACUGCUUGAAUUGUGUAUAUAUCUCCAUAUAUAUAUAUAUAUAUAUAUAUAUAUAUAUAUAUAUAUAUAUAUACACACACACACACACUCACACACACAUAUAUAUAUAUAUAUAUAUCCAAGACAAGGGAAAUGUAGACUUCAUAAACAUGGCUGUAUAAUUUUGAUUUUUUUGAAUACAUUGUGUUUCUAUAUUUUUUUUUUUUGACGACAAAAGGUAUGUACUUAUAAAGGCAUUCUCUUCUUUUGUUAAUGUUAUUAGCAUAUCUUUGUGCUUUAUUAUCCUGGUGACAGUUACCGUUCAAUGUAGGCUGUGACUUGCGCUGCUUUUUUAGAGCACUUGGCAAAUCCGAAAUGCUUCUAGCUGUAUUUGUAUGCACUUAUUUUAAAAAGAAAAAAAAAAGCCAAAUACAUUUUCUGACAUUGUAAGAUUGC